GCGGCUAAAAGCCCUUCUUGAGCCCUAAACUCCGGGCGAUGGCGCUCCUCGCGAUCGAGGCGCUCCUCCUGCUCGUGCCUGCGCUCAUCCAUCUGGCAGCUGCUACCGACGACAUUGUUGGCUGUGGUGGAUUCGUCGAGGCAAGUCCCGCAUUGGCAAGAUUGCGCAAAGCGUCAGAUCCCAAGCUCGACUAUUCGCACAUAACCCUUAAGCUUCACACACUAGAAGGACUCGUCAAAGAUCAGACUCAGUGUGCUCCAAAUGGCUACUACUUCCUUCCAAUCUACGAGAAGGGCUCGUACCUUCUUAAGGUUCAAGGCCCUACUGGAUGGUCAUUUACUCCCUCACAGGUGCCAGUUCUUGUUGAUCAGCAUGGUUGCAACGGAAAUGCGGACAUAAAUUUCCACUAUACUGGCUUCACGCUUGCUGGUAAAGUUGUGGGAGCUGGGGGUCCAAGCUGCAAGGAAAAUGGGGCUGGUCCUGCUGGAGUAACAGUGUCUGUGAUUGGACCUGGUGAUUCUCCCAGCAAUCACUCGGUGACGACAGGAAUCGGUGGUGCCUACGAGUUUAACAACCUUUUGAUAGGCACUUACAGACUAGAAGCACACCAUCCCCGUCUUGAUAUCAACGUGAUUGGAUCAAACGAAGUUCAACUCGGAUGGGGCAUGGGAGAGGUGGACAAUAUUUUUAUGAUCCCUGGCUACGACGUUGAAGGUCGUGUGAUGUCUAAGGGAAUUCCGGUUUUGGGUGUGCAAGUUUUCUUGCACUCCAGUGACGUUAAGGAUAUGGAAUGUCCUCAAGGGCCUGGUAGAUCUCCGUUGUCUGAGCAAGCGCUUUGCCAUGCUACAUCCGACGUCGAAGGGAGAUUCAAGUUUGCGCACGUUCCUUGUGGCUCGUACAAUCUUGUGCCAUUCUACAAGGGAGAAAACACAAUCUUUGGUGUUUCUCCUGCUGCUCUUGAUAUAUCAGUCGCUCAUCAGUCAAUUUUGGUUGAAGAAGGUUUUCAGGUUACGGGAUUUUCUGUUGGCGGACGAGUUAUUGACAGCAAUGGGCAUGGCAUCGCAAAAGUCAAAAUAUAUAUUGACAGCGUGGAGCGGGCUAUUACUGAUGCAAAUGGUUUCUACAAGCUUGAUCAAGUAACUUCAACUAGGUACAACAUCACAGCCGCAAAAGAGCACUACCAGUUUACGUCACUGAAGGAUUUUAUGGUUUUACCCAACAUGGCGGCGAUUCCCAGUAUUCAGGCAUCACAGUAUCAACUUUGCGGCUCAGUUCGUGUUGCUGGCCAAUACGGAAGACGGCAAGUCGCUCUGACUCAUGGACCCUCUGACGUGAAGCCUCAGACCAAGCGUGUUGAUGAAGAUGGAAACUUCUGCUUUGAGGUCCCGCCUGGUGAAUAUCGUCUUUCGCCCAUUGCUACCGCUGCUGAGCAGAAAACAGGACUAUUAUUUUCUCCACAGCACUUGGAUGUUGUCGUUUCUGCGCCAGUAUUUGAUAUUGUCUUCUUACAGGCUCAAGUCAGUAUCUCUGGACACGUGAAGUGCAAAUCCCAAUGCAGCCCUGGGAUAUCCAUUGUGCUCGUCGAUACUCAGGGAGGCGACAAAAUAGUAUUUCAACUGACUGAUACCCAGAACCAUUUCAAAUUUGAGAAUGUUCUUCCGGGACAAUAUAAGCUCGAAGUGACCAAAGAAGGGGGACUUGGAGACGAUGAAUGGUGCUGGGAACAAAAGGUAGUCAGUGUGGAUGUCACUUCUAGCGAUAUCGAAGACAUCGUACUUGUUCAAAAAGGAUACUGGCUUCGCAUCAAGGCUACUCAUCCAACCAAAGCGUUUAUUGUUCACGACAACAAAGACCCGGUUCCCUUGGAAAUCACGAGCGGGUGGCAGAAAGUAUGCGUAGAAAGUCCUGGAAUACACGAAUUGCACUUUCUCUGGGCUUGUGUUUCUUUUGGUGCUCCCAUUUUCUCAUUUGACACAUCCAAUCCAAGGCGUAUCAAUUUGGUUGCCGAGAAAUAUCUUUUGAGCGGACACAUUGACGUAUACUCUCCCUUAUGUCCUGGAGCAAACAAACUGGAACAGAAGUUGCUGGUCGAGGUUUGGAACGCUAAAGACGGGAAGCCUAUUGCCAAUAUCCACGCUCACCUUUUCUCUGAAGCCAACGAAACAAGUCCCAUUGCAGUCUAUGAGUAUGUCUAUUGGGCCCGUCUCGGGGAUGCUCUUAGUUUCGUCCCACGAUAUGCCAGAGACCAAAAUCAAUCGGAGCAAAUUCUUCUAUUCUAUCCUCGAGAGCAAAACGCCACUGUGGCUGUGGAUGGCUGUCAACCGCAAGUACCUAGUUUUGCUGGACGACCGGCUGUGUACGUAACCGGGAGCAUUGUUCCUGCACUGGAGGCAGUGAACAUUGUGAUAACUGCAGAAAAAGAAAGCAAAAUCGGCCGUUUAAAAGCAGGAGAAGUGGCUAUGAAAGUACUAACAGGAGACGAUGGCGUUUUCGCAGCUGGUCCUCUUUAUGACGACACCCAGUACAUGGUUCAUGCGGACAAGCAAGGAUACCACUUCAAGCCCUUUGGAAAGAACUCUUUUCAAUGCCAGAAGCUUGCUCAGAUCCUCGUAAACAUCAUUGCUGGGGACGGCGCUGAGGAGAUUCUUCCGUCCGUUCUUCUUUCGCUGAGCGGAGACGAUGGAUACAGGAAGAACGCUGUCGCGCCGCCGGGAGGCAAGUUUGCUUUCGACGGCAUGUUUCCUGGCAGUUUUUACCUGCGACCUCUGCUUAAGGAGUAUAGUUUUAGUCCGCCUGCUCAAGCCUUGGAACUCUUGUCUGGUGCAACUUUAGAGACAACCUUUAUUGCCCGGAGAACUGCUUACAGCAUUUAUGGAAGAGUCUCCUCCCUAACUGGGAAACCAGAAGAAGGCGUCACUGUGGAGGCACGUUCGGUCUCUGGUCUUUAUUAUGAAGAAACCGCAACCGAUGCUGAUGGAAAAUACCGACUAAGAGGACUUGUGCCCAAUACAACGUAUAACGUCAAGGUGGUCGUGAAAGAGGAAGUAGACGGUCCUCCCAGACUUGAACGUGCGUCUCCAAGCGUUUAUCCAGUAGAGAUCUCCACCAAGGACACCAGCUCAAUCAACUUCGUGGCUUUUGAGCACAGCUUGGCGACUGUGCUCUCUGGCCUCGUCGAGGGAAGUGAUCUUGAGAAAUGGCAACCGCACAUAUCGGUGGAGGUGGCCAGCAUCUCAGAACCAGCGAAGAUUGAAAGGGAGGUACCUUUGCCGCUUUCCAGCUUCUUUGAGAUUCAAGGUCUUCCGAGGGGAAAGUACAGGUUGCGGCUUGUUUCCAAGAUGGUCGUGCAGACGCACAAGUUUCACUCGGAUGUUCUCGAGGUUGAUUUUGCCAAGCGCAACGAUAUAUUCUUAAACUCCGUCAAGUUUUAUGCGGAGGAAUACCAUCACAAGCAGGAUUUAAAUGCUCCUCCAGUACUUCCCGUGCUCAUUGGCGUCUGUGUGAUUGGUCUCUUCACUGCAAUGCCAAGCCUGAAAGAUGGAUACCAACGACUUCUCGCCAAAGACUUGCGACGAACAAGCCAAAGAAAAAGAAACUAAAACGCUAACUGGAAUUUUUAAAAACAGAAUAUGCUCGGAGGUAUUCUUAAAAAAGGUGGCAGGUCUAGAGAAAUCCUUUUGUGUGCUAGAUUGCCUUUGAUGA